AUGACGAGGACUCACAUACUUGUGUAUGGAUCCAAAUUUUUGAUCCUUACUGGUACACAGAUUUUGACUUUCAGACUGAUUAAAGACUCUUUCGCAAGUCCCAUCCAGGUUCACGUCUCUACUCAUAACGGUAGGAGCGGUUGUGGGUCUGAAGUACUAAGAGAGGUUGCUUAUCUCGUCGAUCCCAUCUAUGGAGGUUGUAAUCCUGUGAUUCCCGAAAUCUCUGUUGUCGCCGUUGGGGAAGCAUUACAAAAAAGAGAGAAGUGGAUUAGCAAAUCUAAAAAUCCAGCCUUAUGGGAAGAAGCACAUGAGCGUAAUGCAAAGCGUGCAUUGAGUUUGAUGAUAGAGCUGGAAGGGCUGUGGGUGAAAUUUGGACAGUAUUUAUCUACUCGAGCAGAUGUUGUCCCUGAUGCUUACAUACGCGUCCUCAAACAGCUACAAGACUCUCUCUCUCCUCGUCCUUUACAAGAGUUUCGCCAGACCAUACAUAAAGAGUUGGGGAAACGAAUCACUGAUAUAUUUGCAAACUUUGUGGAAGCACCCCUAGUAACUGCAUCUAUAGCCCAAGUGCACCGAGCAACUUUGCUUGAUGGAAGGGAGGUGGUUAUCAAAGUGCAACACGAUGGCAUAAAGGCAGUUAUAUUGGAGCCGAAGUGUGACCUUAAUCCCCUUAUAGAUGAAUGGUGCCGAGAGACUCUCAAAGAACUCGACUUCAAUCUUGAAGCUGAGAACACCAGGACGGUGUCUAGAAAUCUUGGCUACUCGGAUGACAAUAAAGGCCUUGGGAAUGUAAAUGUUUUUAUUCCGGAAGUUGUUCAGUCAACAGAGAGGGUUCUAAUUUUCGAGUAUAUGGACGGCAUACGUUUAAAUGACUCUGCUAGUCUGGAAGCAUAUGGUAUUGACAAACAAAAAAUUGUUGAAGAAAUCACACGGGCUUAUGCACACCAAAUUUAUGUUGAUGGAUUUUUCAAUGGCGAUCCCCAUCCUGGGAAUUUUCUCAUCAGCAAGGAACCUCCUCAUCGUCCAAUUUUGCUCGACUUUGGGCUUACAAAGAAGUUACCGAACACCAUGAAACUAGCACUCGCAAAAAUGUUUUUGGCAGCUGCAGAGGAUCUGAACUCGGAGAUGACGAUUGGCAUUGCUUGGCAUGAUGGGGGGCUCUAUUUCCUUACUGAAGAUGCCUCCUCUAGGAUUUGUGAUAGGACUAGUUUAUUGUCUUCCUGUUUUUCCAAUUCUGAAACUGAUUAUAUGUUAUGGCACUUUCGUCUCGGACAUCCAAGUUUUCAUUAUAUGAAAUAUUUAUUUCCCCAUCUAUUUCAUAAUAUUAAUGUUUUUAAGUUGAAAUGGGAUGUGUGUGUCCAAGCUAAACAACCUCGCGUCUCGUUCAAACCCCAACCUUAUAAGCCUUCGAAACCCUUCAUCCUCUUCCAUAGUGAUGUGUGGGGUCUGUCCGAUUACGACCACUACUGACAAACGGUGGUUUGUAACCUUUAUAGACGACCAUACUAGGUUGACCUGGGUAUUUCUCCUUACUGACAAGUCUGAAGUCACUUCUGUCUUCCAGCAGUUCUACAAUUCUAUAAAAACCCAGCUCAACGCAGAAUCACCAUUCUUCGGAGUGAUAAUGAUCGAGAAUUCUUUAAUAAUAACCUCGGGGAAUUCCUUGCCUCUAAAGGAAUAAUCCAUCAAAGUUCAUGUACUUAUACCCUACAACAGAAUGGUGUGGCUAAACGAAAAAACCGUCACCUAAUUGAGGUUGUUCGAUCACUCAUGCUAUCCACAUCUCUUCUGUCAUACCUCUGGGGAGAUGCUGUUUUGACAGCAGCUCACUUAAUAAACUGAAUGCCUUCUCGGGUCUUAAAGUUCCAAACUCCUUUUGACUAUUUCAAAGA